CCAUCACGCCUACACACGCAUAGCGCUUGUCAGCGUUGCUGGGAGCAACAUGGAGCGACAUAAUGCGCACCCCUUCUAUUAUUUUAGAGGCCAAUCGGCUAGCUAGCUAAGCCUGGAUCGUAGCUAGACGUCUGAAAGCCUUUAGGUUGACUGGGUGUCCAAGCGAUGCGGCUCCUUGUUCAGCUAUCACUGUUGAUAUCGCUAGCGCUAUCAUGGUGCUCAGUGUUGGCUAGCAAUGCUCACCAAGUCCGCCGACACCAUGCAAAGCGCCUGAAUCCAGACCUCGCAGUUCGGGUGUCAGGGGAUGUUGAUAUGUACAAACGCGAUUUCCCCAACUCCCGCUUCACAUACUAUGCGGACGGUCUGGGUGCUUGCGGUUCAACGAACCAACCCGGCGACUUCAUAGUUGCGCUGAAUUCAGCGCAAUACGGCGGCGGCCAGUAUUGCAACCAAAUGAUCACGAUCACUGUCAACGGAAUGACAGCGCAGGCUCAGAUUGUUGACGAGUGUCCUGGAUGCCCCUCCACUGGCCUUGAUUUUUCCCAAGGCCUUUUCCAGUACUUCGCUCCACUUUCCAGUGGUGUGCUCUACGGCACAUGGUCCUUCGGUAGUGCCCCUGCUCCGUCACCGUCGCCUACAACCACCUGGCAACCGCCCCCAUCGCCGACCACUACCUGGCAGCCACCGCCGCUGCCAACUUCAAUCUGGACCCCACCUCUACCUUCGACAACCUGGAGCCCCAGCCCCACCCCGUCCUCAUCAUCGACAAGCUCAAUUUCAUCCAGCUCCAGCACCCCAACCACUUCUAGUUCUUCGUCUUCUUGGACGUCGAGCAGUACCUCAAGUACAACAAGUGCUAAUCCUGCAGUGGGGACCGUUGGAGUUGUCGGAAAUUUAUCCGUUCUCAAUAACCUCAACGUUGCAAUUGUGUACCUUGGUGAACUUCUUGGAGCCGCUCAGACGUAAAAUUAUCUAUUUUAGAUCCAUCAAGUCUGCUGUGGAUUCCUUGACGACAAAAGUACAGCGACAUGCUAUAUCUACUUUGUUAUAUCUACUUUGUGGACUUUCUCGGGCUCGUAUGGUUUAAAGGACUUAUUCUUCAACUAGCAACUGCUAUACCCACCUAAUACCGUACUUCCCAACUUUGCUGAGGCGAUUUCACUAGUACUGUUACUGCGUUGAAUUUUAGACUGCUUCGAUCCAGAGGCGUGCAAUGAAACGAAACGAAACACUCAGGCUGACAGCAGUGUUGCGGGUGCUCCCGGGGUCCUAGCCAGAUAGUGGUUGGUCGUG